AUGCUCAUAUCUCUUUUCAUUGUCUACACCACCUCCGAUGUUAUUGGGUCGUCGGAUCGCAUGUGGGAUCUUCUCAAGGAAGCUUCGGUACUACAUCCUGUCGAUGGCAAUGCAGGCGGAGAAUACCUCACCAUGAGAAGUCAGGACGGUGCGUACAUCGGUCUGGUGCUCAUUGGCGCUGGCUUCGCUGCCUCGGUUGAUUCGCAGCUGUUUCAAAAGGCAAUCGCUGCCGAUCCCCGUAGCACCUCAAUGGGUUACAUUCUCGGUGGUCUGUCAUGGUUCACCAUUCCAUUUGUGUUAGCUAGCACGUUUGGAAUCGUGGCAGCCGGGGCGGAACAUCUACCCCAAUUUCCGACCUAUCCCAACCGCAUGACUGCAGAUGAAGUCGCAGCUGGCAUGGCUAUGCCGUAUGCCGCGAUGACAGUCAUGGGCACAGGAGGUGUUGUAGCGGUUUUGCUCAUGAUCUUCAUGGCAGUAACGUCGGCUAUGUCUUCUGAGACUGUUGCGACAACAGCCUUACUCGCGUACAACCUGUACAAAGCAUAUAUACACCCCAACGCCACGAGCGAUGAUAUUAUGCGGUUCUCUCACUGGGCAACUCCCGGAUUCGCAGUGGUCGCGGCUGCUGUUGCUGUCGGAUUCAAUCACGUUUCUGGUUUCUCGGUCGGAUUUCUGAUUGUAUGCGUGGGUAUUGUCGUCGACAGCAUGAUUGUUCCGAUGGCGUGCACGAUCAUGUGGAAGAAGCAGUCAAAACUCGCUGCUAUCCUCUCCCCAGUACUUGGAUCUUGUCUUGGAUUGCUAGCCUGGUUUGUUAAGACUAAGACUGAGCAAGGCGUGAUCAAUAUAACAACGCUGAAUGCACCGCUGCCGUUAGCUGCUGGUAACAUGGUGUCAUUAUGCUCGCCGAUUAUUCUGACACCUCUCAUCACUUACAUCAAGCCCGAUAAUUUUGAUUGGAAUAUCUUCCAUACAAAAAUCAAGCGCGACGAUGAAGAAGCGUACGAGGCGCGAGGCGAAGAGCCUCAGUUAGAUGCGGCCCACGACGCGGAGAAUCAAACCUUGCUGCUGAAAGCUCGAAACAGGGCGAUCUUCAUCAGUGUAUUCUUGACGUUGGCAUUUUGCUUGCUUUGGCCGAUACCUAUGUAUGGCACAGGAUAUAUCUUCUCGAGAGGAUUCUUCAAGGGUUGGGUAGUAGUACUUUUCUUCUGGGGUUUCUUCGCCGCUGGAGUUAUCACUUUACUGCCAAUUUGGGAAGGCAAAGAUUUCAUCCGUUUGAUGUACAAGUACUUCAAAGGCAGCUAUGUGCCGCCGAACAAGAACGAAGUAGUUGAGGGGCAGGAUACAGCAGAAAGCAGCGAGAAGGGCGUCACAAUCGCAGACAAGACUGGUUGA